UCUGAUUUUCUUUUUUUUUUUUCUGUAAAUCUUCACUUGAAAAAAAAAAAAUACCAACUUCAACUUAUAAUAUGAAUCCUUCACAAUCUGCUACUACUGAUGAAACAAAUAGAAUAACAACUACAAAAAGGGCAGAGGCUACAACUGUAACAGAAGAACCAACAACAACCACUGAGGAUAGCACUCGAACAACUACUAGUGAGGGUUCCACUACCACGAACAAUUACACUUCAGCAUCCUCAGAGAAAACAAUAACUCGUGAGACAACUACUACGUCUAAAGAUCCUACUACUAGUACUACUACAUCUUUAGAGGCAACAACGUCUGCGGAAACAACAACGUCUGCGGAAGCAACAACGUCUGCGGAAACAACAACAUCUGCGGAAGCAACAACGUCUGCGGAAGCAACAACGUCUGCGGAAGCAACAACGUCUGCGGAAGCAACAACGUCUGCGGAAGCAACAACGUCUGCGGAAGCAACAAAAUCAGAAAGUAUUACUUCAAUUAGUACAUCAGUUGCGGAGACAACAACCACCAAUGAUCCAAUUACGUCUGCUACUCAGUCAACUACUGUCAGCACUAUAACAACAAGUGACAGUGUGACUAAUCCUUUAACAAGCUCUACAACUGAUAUAACAUCAAGUACUCCUUCAAUAGCAGUUUCGACUAGUACAUCUGAUAAAGCUAUAACUACUACCGGAUCUUCAGCAACGACUGAUAUAACACAGACAGUUUCUUCCUUAGAUACUAUUACGUCAACCAUAUCGACAGUACCGACAUCUGUUGAAAUUACUAGUUCAAAUAUACCAUUUACAAGUACUACUACUGAAUCUAACUCUGUCAUAUCACAGCCAAUUAGGACCACAGCUACAGCUACAGCAACAGCGUCUGAAUCAGCUACUAUAGUAUCAUCUACUACAUUAUCCGAUAGUACCUCAACUCCUUCUUCAGCGUCUGAAUCAGCUACUGUAGUGUCAUCUACAACAUUAUCCGAUAGUACCUCAACUCCUUCUUCAGCGUCCUCUAUGACAAUAACAUCUUCAAGUAACUCUGUCGAAUCUACUACGAGUGAAUCUAGUAUGAUACCUUCUUCUACUGUAUUUCCAACUACAACAUCAUUAAGCAUAUCGUCUUCUAUAGAAGUAACAUCGACAGCUACUAUAGAGUCAUCUACCCAUUCGUCAACAAUAACUACGUCCAGUUCAGCUAUUUCAUCAGAUCCUUCAAGCCUUACAACAACAAGUGAUGUGUCACCUACUAGAAGUACGAUGGUAGUAUCAAGUACUACUAGUUUGCUUCCUGAAUCUAUCACACGUACUUUGAGUUUAACGUCUAUGACUUACAGUACUACUAGUUCAUCUAAUUCAAUUGUAAGUUAAAUGUUAUAUAUAUAUAUAUAUAUAUAGAGAGAGAGAGAGAGAGGCAAAAAUCAUUAAUUAUCAAUGCUAAUAUUUAUAUAUAUAUAUAUGCAGUUGCCCAC